AUGUCGGCCACGACAACCACCGCGGCGGCCGAGGCGACCGGGGACAGAGCUCCAAAGCAGGGCGGUAUCUUUGAGGGCCUGAACCCGACUGUCUUCAAUCCAGCCGACCCAGUCAUACUCUUCAUUAUCCAGGCCACCAUCGUCAUUGCUCUGACGAGGCUGCUCUACUGGCCUCUGAGCAAGAUUAAGGAGCCGAGAGUCAUUGCAGAAGUGAUUACUGGCAUCUUGCUUGGCCCGUCAGUCUUCGGUCGUGUCCCUGGCUUCACCGAUGCCAUCUUCCCCAAGGAAGGCAUGGCGCCCUUCCGCCUCGCCGCCAACAUCGGUCUCAUUCUGUAUCUGUUUCUCGUCGGAAUGGAGAUCAAUCUGACCUACCUGCUACGCAAUUGGCGCACUGCAGUUGGCGUCGCAACCCUCGACAUGGCCAUCCCCUUCGGCUGUGGUGUCGCCCUGGCUUACGGCUUGUAUCACGAAUUCGGCGACGAUCCCGAGCUUGCGCCCAUCAGCUUUGGAGUCUUUGCGCUCUUCAUCGGUGUCGCCAUUGCUAUUACUGCUUUCCCUGUUCUUUGCCGCAUUUUGACGGCUCUAAAGCUGCUCAACACCAACGUGGGCGUCAUCGUCCUCACCUCCGGUAUCAUCAACGACGUUGUCGGCUGGGUGCUCCUCGCUCUCUGCGUUACCCUCGUCAAUUCCGGCGCUGGAGUAACUGCAGUCUACAUCCUUCUCGUCACUGUCGGCUACUCACUUUUCCUGGCCUACGCUGUUCGCCCAUGCUUCAUGUGGGUACUGCGCAAGACACAUAGUUUGGAGAAUGGCCCUACUGAGGCCGUCGUGGCGUUGACCAUCCUCAUGGUCUUUGCUUCUGCCUUCUUCACCAGCGUCAUCGGUGUUCACUCCAUUUUUGGGGCCUUCAUGGUCGGACUCAUGUGUCCUCACGAAGGAGGUUUUGCCAUCAAGCUCACUGAGAAGAUUGAGGAUCUCAUCUCGACCCUCUUUGUUCCCCUCUUCUUUGCGCUUUCGGGCAUCAACACCAACCUCUCGCUUCUUGACAGCGGCAUUACCUGGGGUUAUAUCGUCGCCGUCACCGUGACUGCCUUCUUCACCAAGCUCUUUGGCGGCACGAUGGGAGCUCGAUUGAACGGCCUGGUCUGGCGCGAAUCUGUCACCAUCGGAACGCUCAUGUCUUGCAAGGGACUCGUCGAGCUCAUCGUUCUCAACAUUGGUCUACAGGCAAAGAUUCUGAGCACUAGGACUUUCACCAUCUUUGUCGUAAUGGCCCUUGUUACCACUUUUCUCACGACCCCUCUCGUCAGCUGGCUUUAUCCGCCAUCGUACCAGCGUAAGCUGGAGCUGUGGAAGCAGGGCAAGAUUGAUUGGGAUGGGAACCCCUUGAAUCCGCCCGACGCGGAUGAGAGCGACGAGAGCGACAAGGAUGUUGCCAAUCGGGUACUUGUUUAUCUGCGAACUGAUGGAUUGUCCAGUCUUCUCUCUACCGUGUCGCUGUUCACUGCAGGCCAUGCCAAGCGCCCGUCAAUUGAAGGAGAAUCGCCGGCUCACGGUGAGAAGAGUGCUGUACCUGAAGGCCUCAUGUCUAACACUAGCACGGAUGCUCCCAAGCCUCUCCUUCGCAUUCAUGGAUGCCGUCUUGUCGGGCUGACUGAACGUAACUCUUCUGUCAUGAAGGUUUCCGAAAUUGAGGAAUUUGCCAGCCACGAUCCCAUCAUCAAGGCUUUCGGCACAUCCGCCAACAACACAACGCGGGACGUCGUCGUGUCUGGUCAGAUCUCGGUUGUUCCCGAAAACACCUUUGCAGACACCCUGGCGACCGAGGCUACCAAGCUCAAGAGUGAUCUCAUCCUGGUUCCUUGGAGUGAGACGGGCACUAUUUCCGAGCUGCCUUCUUUCUACAGCGCCUCGCGGGGAGACCCUCUCGCGAAUGGAGAUUUUACGCAACUCAUGGCCAACAUCUUUGAUCACGCGAAGCCCAUAGCUGCUGUCGGUCUUUUUAUUGACAGCACCCUUCUUGAUCCCACCGACAGCGACGUGCGACCAACCCGAGCCUUGUCCAGACAGAUUUCCGGCAUUAGCAAAUCCGACGUGCAAGAUCCGACCGCCAUCCGAUUCCAUUCUGCCGAAAGCCGUCGCAAGAAGUGCAUUCGCGUUCUGUACACUGGUAGCGAAGAUGAUGUCUACGCUUUCCGACUUGCGCUUCAAUUUGCCCAGAACGAGAACAUUGACGUCGAGAUUAUUUCCCUGCCCGACAAGGACGCUUCCGAGGACCUGCAUUUUAACCAGAUCAAAUCCACCAUCCCUGACUCCAUUGUCGAUCGCAUCAAUUUCACCGAGCUGUCGUCCGAGAGGACCGCUACCAUCGCUUCGAGUCUCCUAAGCUCUCAACCAGAGGACAAGCAGUCUACCAUCUUCAUCCUCGGUCGCUCGGUUACUGCUCUAGGUGGUGAUUCAUCUGGCUCCGGAUCGAGCAGCAUCCCCGGCACUCUUGGCUCCGUUCCCGCUAGCCUUGCCAACGAGAUCAAGAGGACAGCUACUUCCAACGUGAGCCUUCUGAUUGUGCAGGCAAAGCAGGCCGCGCCGGAGAGAACAGGGCUUAACAGGAAGCCCAGCACGGCCUCACAUGCUCACGUUCCCAACUAG